AUGUUUCUGUCUCUGCCUACGUUGACUGUUCUGAUCCCACUGAUCUCUUUAGCAGGAUUGUUCUACUCUGCCUCUGUGGAAGAAAACUUCCCACAGGGCUGCACCAGUACUGCUAGCCUUUGCUUUUAUAGUCUGCUCUUGCCAAUAACCAUACCAGUCUAUGUGUUCUUUCACCUUUGGACUUGGAUGGGUAUUAAACUAUUUAGACAUAAUUAAUGCAGCCACAGCCAAGAUGGUAAAUAUAUUACUGUUAGGUCUCAGGUAUCUAUCUCUGAAAGGUCAUUUAGAUGCAAAUACUGGAGACCCUUUUAGUUUGCAAGAAUAUUGCUUUGCCUUGCUUCUCUUGGGCUUAGGACUAUGGGAGGUUUAAGCUGCAUAAGUGUCUUUGUGCUUUUGUUCGGCCCCUGUUUUUUGAAGAUUCUGACUUAGAACUGCUGAAUCAGAAAAAACAUUUCAACAGUAUGUCUUGGAGAUUAACACCCCUAUUUAUCUGAGGACCGUUUAUUAGCUUAAUAUUUGGAAUUUUAUUUGUUUUAACUUCAGGAUUAGUGGUAAAGCCACGUCCACGUUAGGGAUGACUCAGUUAAUCCCAAAGAAGCUUUGGAAGAAUAGUUGUAGAGAAAUGUAUUUGAACUAGUGUUAUAAAACUAUAUAGUAAAAUGGAAAUUUCAUGUACUUAAAACAACUCUGAAUUCAUAAAAUUACCUUAAUCUCUUUGGUAUCAAAUGUUUACAUUAAUAAAAUAAGAAAUUAACAUUUUCCCAUAACAAGGGGGUUUUAGUUUGGUUUCUUUUUUGUUUUGUUUUUGGUAAUGAGUAUGGUACUAAAGUAGGGAAACUGAAAAUAUUAUAGAUUUUUAAGUGUAUGCUAAAUAAUAAAAUAUAAAGAAAAGCUGGUAAUGUGGCUUAAGUGGUAAAGCGCCCCUGGGUUCAAUCCCUGGUUUUAAAAAAAAAAAAAAAAAAAAAAUAUAUAUAUAUAUAUAUGUUAUGCUUAGAGAGGCACUAAAAUCUAACAUAGAAUCAUUUUCCCAGGACAGUGGGUACCUUUGGCAGAUAAGGCUAGGAAUGGGAGGGAAGACUUGCAUAUAGUUGAUUGUGUCCUAUUGAAUUUAAGAUUGUGUUUUGAGGCAUACUUUAGUUUUUUCCUGCUUUGGUAAAUCUAUUUGGCACUAAGGGCUUGAACCUUGAGUUUUCUAGAACUUUGAACAGGAUUGAUUGAGAACUGAAGCAUAGCAUAAAUGUUCCAGUAGUUACCUUAAGAAACUUAAUUGAAGUAUAAUUUAAUUGAUUUUUUUUUUUUCCUGUGCUGAGAAUUGAACCUAGGGCCUCUUGCAUGCUAGGCAAACACUUUACCACUAAGCUACAUUCCUAGUCCAAAGAUUAAUUGAUUCUUUAUUAGCAUCAAAGUAAUUGAACAGAAUAUUUAGACAGUGAUUCCCUCCCCCACAUCAAGAAAACAUAAAAACAUGUUAAAUUGUCAGGUACAGUGGUGCACACCUAUAAUUCUCCUGACUCAGGAGGCUGAAGCAGGAGGAUCACAAGUUCAAAGCCAGCCUCAGCAAUUUAGUGAGACCUUGCCUCAAAUUUUUUAAAAAAGGACUGGGGAUGUGGCUUAGUGGUCGAGAGCACCUGAGGUUCAAUCCCUGGAACCAAAAAAAAAAAAGAAAGAAAGAUACGUUUUCUAUUGUAUCAAUUCAAUAUAUAUGAAUAGUACAAGUCACAUUUUAAAAUCAUGCUGAAAGUAUUUAACCUGGAAGACAAGAAGUUCCUGGUCAUUUUCUAACAAGUUGUUUUUCACAUUUAACAACCUUAGAACUAUAGUCCGGGUAAAACAGUUUUACAGUUUUGCUAAUAAACAUUGUAUCCUGAGAAGUUAAUUUCUACUUUGGGAAGUUAAGCAUUUUAACAGAGGAAGCUGAUAUGAUGCUCCUGAGGGAGUUCAGUAUUUAUCCAUUGUCUCACUAAUAGAAUCUAAUAGAUUCUAAUAGAAUCUAGUUAACAUUCAAGCAAUACUGGGUACAGUUCUAGGCAUAUUAUACUGUAUGCUUUAUAGAGUAGGUAAUAUUAGCACCACUUCACAGAGGAGGAAUUGAGUAUAGAUGACUUACCAAGAUAACCACUUGCAAUCAUGUGGGAAUGUGGCCUCAGUCUUAACUACUAUGUAAUAUGCAUCUUCAUUUUGAAUAGACUUUCUAUUGAGAAAAAUAGAAUAAGGAACCAAAAUGUUUACAUUCUAAUUCUUACUCAAGACUGGACCCUUAUUAUCUAAAUAGCAUAUGCUUCGGUUAGGAGAAGUAAGUUCUAAUGUUCUACAGCACAAAAGGGCGACUAUACUUCAUUGUGGGAGACUGUCCUUAUUUAGCAGAAUCAGGCUAGGUUGAACCAUGCAAUGCAGCGGCCUGGCUUCUAGGAACUGCUGGGAAGUAUGUGUCACUUUGUGGGAGUGGUUCCAUCUCCUGAAAUUUUCCCCUAAGAGAAUGGCUUGCCUAACUCCUCUAUCCUAUUAUCACAGAAGAAGCUUCUCCCAGUCCUUACCCCCUUUACCUCUGUUAUAAAUAAAGGAGAGUUAGGUGAGAUGUUGUAAGAGGCCAGAGCUGGAAUGGCCAGACCUGAGUAGAUAAGCUUUUUGGAUAACAGAAAAACUGCCAACAUCCUCCUCUAGGAGUUAACCCUUUUCUCUAUGUAGGACAUGGCAGAGAAAACCACCACAGUUCAUAAGUUGUAUUUUGUAAAAAAAAAAAAAACAAAACUAGGAUAGGAAUCUGAGCUCCCUAACAAC